AGUGCGGUGAAGGCGCGGGAUGCUCCCGCCGGGGCGGCCGUUGCCGGGCAGCGGUGCGGCCUGAGGGAAGCGCUGAGGUGAAGCCAUGCAGCAGAGGAGGCCGCGGGCGCCGGCCCAAGCCCCGGGGGUCUCCCGGCGGCGUAGAGGUGCGGGGAUAGAGGUGGGGGAAGGCUGGCAGAGCGCUGCAGCCCCGCUCCGUUCUCUGACAUCGCUCCGUUCCGCAGCUCCCGGUGACAUCCCCGCGUCCACCAGCCUGCCGCCGCUGGUGGAGGGCCCUCCGCGCUGCGUCCUCCGCUGCACCGUCGGCAGAAUCGUGUGGACGGUCGCCAAACCUCCCUCCGCCGCCGUCCUCGUCCGCCUGAGGUGGUGGGGAGAGACCUCGGACGGGACCGUGUUCUACCCAGCCACAAAGCCGGGGCAGGCGGCGGGCAGCAGCCGGUACGCCGUGCGGUGCGGGCCCCGACAGCUCUCGGCCUACCUCACAGAUAUGGGCAUGCUGGUCUUGGAGGUCCUGACCAAACCUGACCGUCUCCCAGUUGGCAGAGUACAGAUCACUGAAUUGUCCCAGCUCUCUCCCAGCCAUCCCAUCAGUGGGUUUUUCACCAUAGCUUCACCAACAGCUGAUAAACUGGGAGAGCUACAGGUUUCACUUGUUCUUGAACCUCUGUCAGAAACGUACGGAACCAGCAGCUCUGUCCCAACCACGGAUGCAAGUUCAGAUUUGGCUCCAGCUCCAACGCAGCGAUCUCAGCGAGCGCAGAUGACUCCUCCUGGCCAAGAGCCUGUUAACAAUAGCAAGGUCACAACUCCUAGUAAGGGAAAGGACCGAGUGUUCUUUCAAGAGAACUCUGAAAACAUAAAGGAUGUUUCCUCUGCUUCCCACCACCACCUCAUUUUACCAGAUGAGCAUUUGAAAGUGAAUCCUUCAAGUCAGCAGUCAGUGUCGUUUCCCAGCAGCGUUGAUCCUGAAGCACCCCUCAGAACAAACACGCGUGCGCUCUCUUUGCACAACCCAACUACAAAAGACCUGCUUUCAGCUCUUUUGGAUCAAGGCAACAAACUCCGUGAUGCCAUGGUUGCUUCUGUGAUGAAGUCUAGCCCGGACGUGGAGAUUGAACUGAAUGAAUUGCCUCCUUUUGGAAAGCUGGAUGGUUUCAAAGCAACAGCAAAGAGCCCAAAAGGCUUGAACUCAAAUUUUAUGCCCACUCUUGAGGAUCCCCAUCUCUUCACAUCUGAAGUCACAGGUCAGCAGUUAGACCUCAACUCUGAAGAGAGAGCAAUACAGUUACUGUUGGGCAGUGCUGAUUUAUCUCCUGUGCAUUUCUGGGAGCAGCCAGGUUCCCUUCUGGAUUCUCUCUCUGUUGGAAGCGAGGUGUAUGACAGUGAGCUCAAUGAUCCCCACUAUGACCAGAGUCUGCUAGAGAGUCUUUUUUACACGACUCCUAAAUCGGAUUCCAGUUUAAGUGAUUUCCUCAGUGAUGAAGAUGUUAGCCCUUCCAAAAAAGUAAGCAAAACAAAAACUGUGAAGAAAGCUGACUCUGUGAAUGCACAGAAGGAUUCCACUGCCUCUACUCAGGAUCAGAAGGUGACAGAAAUUAAACCCAGAGAACUCGCUCCUCCGGAUGUUGGCACAGAAGAAGCUCAUGUCACAUCCUUGAGUGUAGACAGGUUGGCUUUGCUGGGGAGAAUACAACUGGCCAGAGUCAUCAUUGAAAGCUUGAGAAUCCCUCCUGAGAGCAGCCAGAUUACCCCAAGAAAGAAAGGUUUCAUGGGGAAGCCCCCAAGGCCUGCUGCAGUUAAUAAGUGUACCUUCUUCGUGGAGUACCACUUCCCUGUGGGAGCCUCCAAGAAUGAAAAAGGACAAGUCUCCAUAACAACAGAAGUGACUCGAAUAGCUUCAAGUGAAAUCACAGAUGGUGUGGUGAAAUUUCAGCAGCGAUUUGUGUUCCCUGUUCGUUUUGGUGGAACGAUGAUAGAGCACUGGUGGAGCUCUGACCUUGCUUUUAAAAUCUACAUGCGAAAAAGCACGCAGAGAAAGCCAGUGGCCGUUGGCUCAGCAGUGCUUCAGCUCUGCAAGGUCAUUCAGUCAGAACUGCUCACUUUCAGCUGUGAAAUACCUGUGGAAAAAGAGGGAGAUCAGAUACAAGUUGGACCGCUGAAGUUAUCAGUAGAGCUUGCAGCUGACAACAAAGACUUCACCUGCACCACUGCCAGGUGCUCAGUGGCUGUGCAGCAGCAAGUCCCACCUCAUGCCAUAAGAAGUCCCCGGCUGGAACUUUGGGAACCCAACAGGGACCGUGUAAAUGCAGAAAGCUGCUUGAAAUUUAGCAACCACGUGGACCCGGGGAAGACAGGAGCAGCCAGCACAAACGUUGUGCAGCCACCAUGGUCUGUUUCAACCUCUGUGGCCCGUAAUCUGAUGACACAAAUGCCUGCAGCUGAAGAUUAUGGGUUACUACUGCACGUGCUGCUGAUGGUGCCUGAUGGAAAGGAUUUUGUUGCUGAAGACAGCGGGCUCCACGCUUCUUGUAAUGUGUAUUUAAACUGCAAGCUGCUCAACACAGAGGAGGCAACAAGAUCUGCAGUCGUCUGGGGUACAACGCAACCUACCUUUAAUUUUUCUCAGGUGAUGCCUUUCUCCCUGACUUCCAAACACUUGGAGCGACUGAAGAACAACGUCAUGGUUAUUGAAGCAUGGAACAAGAUGGGAAACCCUGGCAAUGACAGGCUGCUGGGAUUGGUGAAACUGCCUCUGCAUCAGUUUUACAUCUCAUUCAAAGAUCCAAAGAUUUCCCACCUGCUGCUUCAAGCUCACUACCCAGUGGUUGCUGUGGACAGCUACAUGCCUGUGAUAGAUGUCUUCUCUGGCAGUAAAAGCGGAAGCCUGAGGGUCAUUCUGGCAAUGGGCUCAGCUGAUCAGAUCGUGGCACUGCAAAGGCUGAAGAAUGAAGAAGGAAUGGAACUUCCCAUCACCCAGCGCCCUGCCCACUUCCUGGACCCUCCUCCUACAAAGCUGCCAAUGCAGUUGGAGAGAGAAGGGGAAGAGCUGAUGGAGCAUGUCUUUGAGAUUCACGUGGAGAGUGUGAAAGGACUCACUCCCCUGCAGUCCACAGUCUGGGGAGAAGCUGACUGCUAUGUUCAGUACUAUUUCCCAGUGCAAGAGGCUGGCUCCAGUGCAUUGCCAGGAACUGAACUGCACGAGGAUGGCAUCAAGUUAAAGCCUUUCCGCACAGCAACCACUUUAUGCGUUCCUGAUCCUGUCUUUAAUGAUGAGCAUCAUCAUUCCCUGUUGGUUCCAGCUGAUGUCCCAGUUCAGAGGCUUCUGGUCAGUGCAUUUAUGGCACCAGGAGCAGUUGGAGGAGGAAUCCAGUUUGAAGUCUGGUGCAGGUAUUAUUACCCAAAUGUCAGAGACCAGAUGGUUGCCAAAGGGACCUUGCCUUUGUCACGGCUGUGUGCCAUGAUAACUAUGCAGCAUCGUGAAGAAAUAGGAAUACAGACUUUUAAUCUUCCAUUGGUCCCCAGGAGUGAUUCCUCAGAAGAAUUUCACCUGAGGUCUUCAGGCUUGCUUGAUGUGAGUGUGAGAUACCAACGUUCUGUGAAAACAGCAGCAGGAAGAACUGCUCAAACUGUUUCUCUUUCUGUACAAAUACACAGAGCAGCUGGUUUGCAAGCAGCAGCCAGGGCUGUGGCAGAAAAGAACCCUUCGGUCCAGUACUAUGCAGGUGUUGGAGUUAAUGCUUACGUUUCCGUGCACCUCUCCUUCCUACCUGAGACAGAGAGGCGCAGCACACGAGCUGUGGCUCGCAGCUUCUGCCCAGAGUUUGAGCACCACGUGGAGAUCCCUUGUGACCUCAUCGUUCACAAAAGCAGCGGAGAAGCCUCUUGUCUGGGGGAGCUCCUGCAGUCUGCCAACAUCAUCUUCUCUGUCUACCAUCAGAGCGUCAAGUCAGCCACGGACACGUUGGCAGCUCGGGCAUCAAGGGAUUAUCUUCUUGGGACAGUUACAAUUCCAACCAGAGACCUGCUGAGAAGACGAUCAGGUAUUACAGGCUGGUACCCAGUUACCCUCUCUGAAGACGUAAUGCCUUCACACCCCACAAACAUCAUGCAGACCGUCGUGGGAGGGCUGGAACUUUCUGUUACCUUUGCUCAUCACGAUGACAGAGAGCGUGUUUUGGAGGCUGCUAAGCUUUUGGGAUGGAACGGUGAGCAAAGCCUUGAAGACAGCAUGGAUGAGAGCGACGAAUGGGAGCAGAGCGACGGUCCAGUGGUCGUGACCAUUUCAACCCCAAAGGUGUGGCUGCCAGUCCACUGCAUGCUGCUUGCAGGGCAGCUGCACCUGAGUAAAAGCACUUGCUGCUACCUCAGGUACAAGCUUUAUGAUCAGGAUGCCACGUGGACUUUGCUUAGGAGGCCAAAAUUGUGUGACGACAACAAGAACGUCACGGUGAGCUUUAAGAAAGGCCACAAGGUGACUCUCAGAAGGAGCCAAGGGCUGAUUUGGUUCUUCAGGGAGGAGAAAUUAGAAAUCCAGGUGUGGUGGGCAUAUGGCAAGGAAAAUGGUGUGGAAAGACCGCUUGAUACGGAUCGUCUCAUUGGAUCUGCCUAUGUCGACCUCAGAGCAUUAGCAGAGAGGUCGAGGAGAACACUGAGUGUUGGUGGAGUGUACCCGUUGUUCAGAUGCAAUGCUGCAGACCUUGCAGGGGCUGCUGUACGUGUUCACAUUGCUCUCUCCUCCACUUCUUCUGCCCCGACCCUCACUCCUCACUGUGCAGAGGAAUACAGCAACAGUGAAGAGGAAAGCGCAGAGAGAGCACCUGACCCGAGCCAGCAGGUCUCUGAAAACCAGGGUCAGAACCUGGAUGUCAUAAGCUCAGAAAUCACCAAUGGGAAACCACAAGAAGAGGACGUGGUGUUUCUGGAAAGCACCAUCGCUGUCAGCAUCCUUGUGGAAAGAGCAAUGCAUCUCAGUUUAAAAGGGAGUCCCUUAACGGAACGUGAAGUGGCAGCACCCAGUAGCUGCGUGUCAUUUGCUGUCGCUGGUGCAGAUGCUCCAAUAACCACUCCAGUAAUAGAAAACACGGACUCGCCUGUCUGGGACUUCCAGCAACAAGCAAGAUUAUCCAAAGAACUUCUGCUGGACCCGCAGCAAACCUUGGUCUUCAAAGUGUGGCAUAAAGCAGAAACAGAACGGGUGAUAGGAUUCGCAUCGGUGGACCUUUCUCCCCUUCUCUCUGGCUUCCAGCUGGUGUGCGGGUGGUACAACAUCACGGACUUCAGUGGGCAGUGCCGAGGGCAGAUCAAAGUAGCAGUCUCCCCCCUUCAAAAUAUAAAGAAUCUCAAAGAAGAAAGGCAGGCAAGGAUCCGCAGCCAGACUCCGAGCUCUGCAGUGAAGGCCGUCUUUCCAGCAUUUCCCAGUAAUGUUCCAAGCUUUUCCAAGCCCGUGUUGCCAAAGGAAGUUAGGAGUCCUUCUCGAGAACCCCCUGUUCCCAGCAGAACCAGUCCCUCUAAGGCACACACACCUCGUCACGAGGAGCAUAUGCAGAACGUGCGCAGGUUUCAUGAAUCCUUGCAGCAGGCAGAAGGAAAUGCACAACGGGCAGCCAGGAUGGAUUCGCUGUCGCUGUCGUCGCGUGCUUCUCUUCUGACUGCUCUCAGACAAAACUUGAGUGAGCUGGAUGAGGUUCAAAGAUACUUCAGCCAGAAGCUGACCAGGUCUUUUCCUGACUUCAGUGAUGGUAACAGAUCCCAGCCAAGUCACAGAGAGCAGGAGAGCGAUCGUCAAGGCUUGAGGAGUAGAGAAGUGGAUCCCAACGGAUGCCAUCUUUUGAGGAAAUCGAGUCAGCUGGUGUCCCAGGUCAGCAGCCUCAUCAGCGACUUGCAGACAAUCACAAAAAAUACUAAAGACUCUCCUAACGUGGAUCAAGACAGCGGCAGAAAGCUGGGUGCCUCUCAUGUACCCAACCAGAAGGGUGGAGAUGCCAGAACCGACGUGUGCCAAGGCCAGCUGGGGUUGGACUCACGUGGUGUUGGCAGCGAUGCCCAGCAGCCGUGCUCCUUUGGGGGAUCUGUCCUUGGCAGACGUGUGCUGCAGGAACUGCUCGACCAAGCUGUCCCCGAAGGGGAGCAUCCAGCAGGCUGCAUCCAGGGAGAUGGAGGUGCUUUUGCCCAUCAGCCACAAAGCGAAGAAGAGUACGAAGAAGAAGACAUUAUAGAGCCACGAACUCUUAAUGAAAUAACGACGCUGACUGACAGAACCAGUCCCUGGUCCAGCGUGCUCUCGGUAGAGCUGGGAGCUGAGCAGCAGCCCACAGACUUGCCACCUGAAGGUCAGCACUCGGUGGACAUAGAUGGUUUGAGGAAAGGGAGCAGCAGACGGAGCAGCACGUUGUCCAGCACACCACGAGGUGACAACAGAAGCGUGCUCACCUCUCUUAGCCCAUGCAUUAGCCCCCAUGCAUUGCAGAGCAGUCCUUGGACAGGAGCAGAAGGCUUUAAGAGCUUGAGUAAUGGCACAGAAACAGCUGACAAGGAGCUGGUUCAGCCUGCUCGUUUGUCAGAAGUGCAUCAGACAGACAGCAGCCCGGUUGAAAAUGGAAAUUACAUCUGGCACAGAACAGUUAACACUAAGCAAGUAGAGCAGAACACAGAGUUUCACGCGGCCUCCAAGGAACUGCUGGAAUUUCCAGGGGGCCUUAGUUGGACCACUCCGAAAGCCACAGCAAGAGAGGAGGAGAACAGUGAGGUUUUAAAUGAAGAUCAUCAAGAUGAGGAAAAAAGUGGUUCUGAUGAGAUCUGUGCCAAGAGUGUAUCUGCCCAAGCAGGCUCGGAAGGGCACAGUGGCAGCUUGUCUGACAGCAGCCAUGAAGAUCCACUGGAAGAGUCAGGAAAGCCUGAGAAACCAAAAAUGGUUUUAUCUGAUCCCGUAGUUGUUCCCAACUUCUUCCUCCCGCCCCAGCAGAUGGAAGCCUCCAUGAGAAUGCUCAGCACCUCUUCUCACCCUCCCACAUGCUGAGGUUGUGACAGUUUCCAAACCACGGUGAGUCUUUCUGACCCCUCUUCUCUCAGAGAGGGUGGAUGUCAGCAUCAGUGGCUGUGUUGUUGGUGACACUUGUGCCUCUGUGUUGCAGGAGGUGACUCGGUUGUUUUGAGCUCUAAGUGUGAUUCUUUUGCAGCUGCAGUGGGGCUGUUGAUGUGGAUCUCAGUCCUGCACCAUGUGGGCUACGUAUUUACCUCUUGCAGAAAAGAUGAGGUAUUCAUUCCCCUCACCGUGACCUAUGAAACAAAUGCUGUAAGAAACAUUGGUAUAAUCACAAACUUGAUUAAACAGAACAAAACUAGGCAGGAUCUGAUAGCACUGAAGUCAUGGAAGCUGCUUGCAGUUAAUAAAUAUCUUUGCAGCCCAGGUGAAAUGCAUGAAUUUUUGCUGUUUUGCAUGGUUAAGUCUUAUGUAAAUCAGAUUAAUGUUUUUUAAUAUUUUUUCUAAAGCCCUUGACACUUGUUCCUGAUGGAAAUACAGAGCUCUGUCAGAGCCAUCAUGGUCAGAGCAUGCUUUCAGCUUCCCAGGAUUUAACCUGACUGAUACCCAGCCUGCAGUGCGUCUCAGCACUCAUUAAGCAUACUUCUCAUGCUGCAUCCAAAUGUCUCAGAUGAAAUCCGAAGCAGAAUCUCAGACAUGUUUCCCCUUCAGAGUUCUCUGUGUUCCCUUCUGUCUGUGCCCGCUUGCCCUCUCUCUCACUGCCAUGCCCCUCUUCCAAGUUUUGCUUUCUCUGAAGAGUUUCUGCUUCUUCCUGGAAGCUCUCUGCCCUCCUGUGCACCUCCAAAUCAUCCCUCACACCCAUGGCUUAGUGUUAAUUCCAACCUUACAUGAAUUCCUCUGUGCAGCACUAAGCUCAGUAGCUAGAAACGCACCCCUGAAAGGGAUUAAUAACUGGGGAGAAUAUUAUCAAAGCCCUAUUUGGAUAUAGCUGACAUUAAACCUGUUGAAACCUGUGGUUAGCCACAGCCAAUCCUUUGCAGUAGCACUUGGAAGUGUCUGCUGGGACAGGACCCGGUCCUGUGUUGCGCAGCCACCACGAGAACAGGAUGUUUUCUGCUCAAGUCAGUGGGACGCUGCCGUUCAGGAGAACUGCUCCCUCAUAUUUUUGUUCCGAACAUCACUUUCUAAAUCUGGGUUCGUUUGGUUUCCGCGCAGCUCAGCAAACACCGCGCGCGGCGGCGGCGGGGCCGAAAUGUGAGCUGCUCCCCUCCGCAGGUCAGCACAGCCCUGCCACUCACAUGGCACUUGGCAUCGGCGUGAUCCUGACGCCUCCAGCUCAUCUGGCUCCCUGCUUUCCCUCUCUUUUACACCAAAUGAAGAAGCAGCGCUGAGGGGGCAAAGCAGGCCGGCGUGCCGAAAGAAGAUGGCCGUGUUUCAAGACAAAAAAGGGUUUUCUCGUGGAUCUGCAGCAGCUCGUGGACCUGAGUUCUGCAGAGCCUCUCAAAAUCUGAACGUUCUUAGGCCUUUUUUUCUCCACCACAUCUCAGUGCCCUGGCUCCCGAGGUCUUUCCCAGCUUCCCUGUCCCACGCUUGUCGCUGCUCUCCGCCUGCUCCAGCAGCUUGGGCUCCACUUCUGCCCCUUCUCAAGUUCAGCAGCUCUGCACUUGUCCUCUCAGCCCGUCUCCUCAUAUAACCUGGGGAAAAUUACCCGUGGCUCAAUUUAGCAGCAUCCAACACUGUUAUCAUAGCUACCAUAAAGCUACAACUGUUUUAUCGCAGGCAUGGUGUAGGUGGCCCAUGUUGCAGAGUUAAAUCAUCUUUUUAUUAUUAUUAUUAUUAUUAUUAUCUCUUCUAUGAAUAUUCCAAAAGGAUCAGAAACAUACACUGCAACCAAUUUUAUUCAGCAUCAAUAAUAUUUCCAGUGUUGUUUCGCGUGGAUGUGUUUUCAGUGCAAAUUAGAGGAAAUACUUUUAUGACACGAACUUGAGGCACCUUCGGAACAAGAGGCUUUUAGCUGUUCUAAAUGCAGCCAGCAAAGGUGCAGACAUCCUUCCUUGGUUGUGAUGCUGGUUCUUUGUUCCCAGUGUCCUUCCUUGGUUGUAAUGUUGGUUCUCGCUCUGUUCCCAACACCCUUCCUCAGUUGUGAUGUUGGUUCUUUGUUCCCAACACCUUUCCUUGGCUGUGGUGUUGGUUCUCGCUCUGUUCCCAACAUCCUUCCUUGGUUAUAAUGUUGGUUCUCACACUGCUCCCAACACCUUUCCUUGGUCGUGAUGUUGGUUCUUUGUUCCUAACACCCUUCCUUGGUCGUGAUGUUGGUUCUUUGUUCCUUACACCCUUCCUUGGUUGUGAUGUUGGUUCUUUGUUCCCAACACCCUUCCUUGGUCGUGAUGUUGGUUCUUUGUUCCUUACACCCUUCCUUGGUUGUGAUGUUGGUUCUUUGUUCCCAACACCCUUCCUCGGUUGUAAUGUUGCUCUGUUCCCAUUCCAGGUGCAACCAUUAAAUCUCUUCUUUUUCCUGACUCAGGUUACCCAGGGGACACAGAAUCAUAGAAUCAUGGGAUGGCCUGGGUCGAAAAGGACUUUAAAGAUCAUCUAGUUUCAACCAGAGCUGAGGUGUUACCCAGUAGAUAUGUCCUCUUAACCUGCUGAGCAGAAGUGCUGAUGCUUUUUAUCACUUUCCUGAUCAGAAAAAGUAGAGUGGGAGGCUGCAUUGCUUCCCCCACUUGGGAGCAGGCACGCUGCCCGCGGUUUGACGCAAACCUUUUGCUGCCCAGAAGCAGAAGUAGGUGCGAGGUGACCCCGUGGGAAGUUCAUAGCCUGUUAACACAGAUCUGUUUGCACUUCGUUAGCGCACAACCAGAGCUGGCUGUCAGGCCUUCCUGCACCACAGAGCUGCAAUGCGGUUUGCCUUCCAGGUUACCAAAAUUCUCUGACCUUGGAAUAAGCAAACCCCCGACCCCUGGAAAAUGCUCAGAAAUCCGUUUGCUUCGCCCAAAUCCCUGGCACGCAGCAACCAGAGAACCCCGGGCUGGUUUAAGUGUCCUGCAGUGCCGCAGCCAUCUCUAUAAAAAGAAAGGUGAGGCGUGAUCUGUGCGUAGCUCCUCUUCCUCUGGAUUUUCUGAUCUCAGUGUGUGCUCCGUGGCUGAGCAUCAGAUACUUGGCACCAGUGACGGCGUUGGAGUGGGGACAGAGAGAGCGAGCCAGGAGCACUGCCUGGGCUCGGGCAUAGCAAGGAAUGGUGUAAACAUGUUUAAGACCUUGCUCUGGAAACUAUGCAGAAGGUUAAAGUUGAGCCUGCGUGGAGCUGCCCGCUCGGUGCCAAAGGAGCAGCUCCGAAACGCGGCCAGAAUGUCUCACUGUGUGCUGAGCCUGGAAGGAACUGGGGUAUUUCAAAGAAAACAGCCUUGUGCAGAGGGAAGUGCAGAAGCGUAGCUCUUCCUUUCUCCACCUCCCAAAGAUGUUGGUGAACCUAAAGCUGGGAAUGUGAUUUCCGAGGACGUCUGCAAGCUUGGAAUGCUCUCUGUGCUUGUCAGUUCGCAGCUGUGCCUUCGGAAUAGCGAAACAGAAAGAAGAGCUGCUGAGCCUCUCUUACAGUUGGAAAUCCUUUCUUGGAAGGGUCCUUGGGGACACGUAUGCUGCUGCAAAUGGACACAGUGGUAUGAAAUGGCAGGGGGAUUUUACCCACUUCUAUCAGAACAAGCUCAGUCUGCUGGGCAAGCACACCUCCUGUGUGGCAACCAGGAGCAUACAGCCCACCAGCCACCAUCAGGAACGUUGUAACGCAGCAGGGAGCUGCUCUGCUUGCCCUAUUUGCAGUGUAAGGGCACAGUGCUCUUCUGGGGUAAGCUAUUGCAUCAGUGCCGUAUGCAAAACGUGGGUGAGGAACAGCAAGUUCUGCAGCAGCCUCUGGCCGAGCAUGAAGGCCACUGCCUGAGUGGUGCCUCUCCUGCAAGCACUUCCUGAGUUGUUUAGGGUCCACCUCGUGCACCUUUCAUAUCCAUCCCCUCCCUCUCCCC